AUGCUCGGCAAGAUCGCUUUGGAGGAGGCCUUCGCCCUCCCGAGAUUCCAAGAAAAGACCCGCUGGUGGGCAUCUCUCUUCGCCGUCGACCCCGAGAAGCACGCCGCCGAGAUCUCAGAUGUCGCCGACAUCAGACUGAACUACAUGGACAAGCACGGCGUCGGCUUCACCAUCCUGUCGUACACCGCGCCCGGCGUGCAGGACAUCUGGGACCCCAAAGAGGCUCAGAUCCUGGCCAAGGAGAUCAACGACUACAUCGCCCCAGAAGUCAAGAAGCACCCUAACCGUUUUGGCGCGUUUGCCACGCUUUCCAUGCACGAUCCCCAGGAGGCUGCAGAUGAACUCAGACGCUGUGUGACACAAUACGGAUUCCUUGGCGCUCUCGUCAACGACACUCAGCGUGCCGGUGCUGAUGGAGAUGACAUGAUCUUCUAUGAUGGCCCUGAGUGGGACGUGUUCUGGUCUACCGUGACUGAGUUGGAUGUUCCCUUCUACCUGCACCCCAGAAACCCGACCGGCACCAUCCACGAGAAGCUCUGGGCUAAGCGCUCAUGGCUUAUUGGUCCCCCCUUGAGUUUUGCGCAGGGUGUUAGUCUGCACGUGCUUGGUAUGGUCACGAACGGCGUCUUCGACCGCCACCCCAAGCUCCAGAUCAUCCUCGGCCAUCUUGGCGAGCAUAUCCCCUUUGACGCUUGGCGCAUCAACCAUUGGUUUGAGGACGUUAAGAAGCCUUUGGGGUUGUCGUGCAAAAAGACGAUUCGCGAAUACAUCCAGGACAACCUCUGGAUCACCACCAGCGGCCACUUCUCCACAACGACACUCCAGUUUUGCCUCACGGAAGUCGGGGCCGACAGAAUUCUUUUCUCUAUUGAUUAUCCGUUCGAAUCAUUUGCGGAUGGUUGCGACUGGUACGAUGCUCUUCCCAUCAACGUUGUUGAUAAGAGGAAGAUUGGACGGGACAACGCCAAGAAGCUGUUCAAGCUGCCGGCGUUCAAGGACAGCGAGGCGAAACUGGCAAAUUAG